GGCACUUUAGAGUGGGUAAUGCCUAUUGGGUGUCGCGCUGUGGUGCAUACUUUUUGUGCUUUAGAAUCUUUAAGUCAGUCGAUUGGUAACUUUUAGUCAAUAGAUAUCAUUUACGACAAUUCGCAUCAUCAUACAAUUCGCUAGAGAGGAAAAUAUCAAAAUGUCUGAUUUAAAGGAAGAUGUAGUCUAUCUGAAGGAAGAUAUACACUAUCUAUGUAACAUUUCCAACAAUUUCGAAUGGACCCAAGUCAUAGAACGAGUAAUAAGAGAAAAGAAAAUAAAAAAUAAAAGUUUGAAAAGACUAAUUAAGAAACUAAGAAUAACUCCCAAAGUAAAAAUUCCAAAAUCUAAAUUAGAAGGUGUUGAAUUAAAUAAAUACUUAAAAUCUAUUAUAACAUAUGAUCAUGAAAAUUAUGCCAUUUUAAAUAAUAAUAAUCAUAUAAUAAAUCACGAAACUAUAAAAAAUAAUUUAGAAAAAUUUAAUAAAAAUAUUAAAAUAAGUAGAAAUAAUUUAUUUUUUAAUUAUUGUGAAUUAGCAAAGUAUAUUUAUUAUCUGCUUCAGUCUAUUAAUAAAGAAUUUAUAAUAGAAAACUUAAAAUAUUCUAGAGAUACUAUAAAUAAGUUAAAAUGGUUAGGGAAGUUAAUAAGUGAAUUUCCUAAACUGAAAUAUUUAAAUAUUACCUUCAAUGAUUUUAUAUAUAAUAGAAAAAAUAUAACAGAACUCUUUAGUGACAAAUAUAAAGAGGAAAAUCAGUUUUGGAAAGACAAUAAUAUAAAUAACAAUUUAAGUGAUAUUAGUGAUUGUACCGAUAUUGAAAAUAUGUGUGAAUCACUAGAAACUGAUCUCUCUAUUUCCGGAAAAGAGGAACAUCAACGUUACGAAGUUUUAAUAGAAAAUAUAAAGAAUAUCAAGGAUAAUUUGGGUGAUACUAUUAACAGUAUUAACAGUAUUAUUAAACCCAAUUUUUUUUUUGAAAAAAUAAAUUAAUCACAUUACUA